AUGACUUAUAUGCCGGAUCCUGAGAAGCAUGCGCCUGUUGAGGAGUAUGGUGAUGUUGCUGAUGGCCUUGGGUCGACUCCUCUGGUCAACGCGGACAAGCUUGCUCGUCGCCUUUCUGGCCGUCAGGUGCAGAUGAUCGCCAUUGGUGGUACGAUCGGUACCGGUCUGUUCUUGGGUACUGGCUCGUCACUCGCCACUGGUGGUCCUGCCUCGAUGUUGCUCGCAUAUGCGAUUUGCGGUGCUAUUGUCUUUAUCACCAUGCUGUCUCUGGGUGAGAUGGCUGCUUUUGUCCCCGUUGCUGGAUCCUUUUGUACAUUUGCGGGCCGCUUUGUGGAUGAUGCUUUGGGCUUUGCUUUGACUUGGAACUAUUGGUUCAAUGAUGCUGUUUCGACAGCCUCGGAUAUCAUCGCAUUGCAACUUCUGCUAGAAUUCUGGACCAAUAACUUCCCGGGUUGGGCGAUCAGUUUGAUCUUCCUCGUGGUUGUCAUUUGCCUAAACCUUCUUUCGGUGAGGGUGUAUGGCGAGGUUGAAUAUUGGCUGAGUUUGCUUAAAGUCGUCACCAUCGUGAUUUUCAUUAUUCUUGGCAUCGUCGUCAACUGUGGAGGCAAUAAAAAUCACGAGUACAUUGGUGGCAAGUACUGGAACAUGGGAGAGGCUCCUUGGGUUGGUGGCAUCGGUGGAUUCGCCUCGGUCUUUGUCACGGCCUCAUUUGCCUUUGGCGGUACCGAGUCCAUUGCCAUUACCGCUGGUGAAACGAAAAACCCCUCGAAGACCAUGCCCAAAGUUGUGCGCAAUGUCUUUUGGCGUAUUGUGCUCUUCUACCUGCUCUCCAUCCUUCUCAUCGGUCUGAAUGUCCCAUACAACUACCCUGGUCUCGAUGAUGAAGACACUCGCACCAGUCCAUUCACCAUUGUUUUCGAAGAGGCCGGUAGUAGCGUCGCAGGCAGCUUCAUCAAUGCCGUGAUCAUGACUUCUGUGAUCUCCGCCGCGAAUCAUGCCCUCUUCGCUGCCACCCGAUUGCUGUACUCAUUAGCGGUCGACGGCUAUGCACCGCGCUUUUUCAGCCACUUGAACCGCUUCCAGAUUCCCUGGGUCGCCGUUCUGGCUAGCUCAGUCAUCAGUGGACUUUGCUUUGGUGCAAGCUAUAUCGGUGCCGGUCAAUUGUGGUCCUGGCUGCAGAACAUUGUCGGUGUCUCCAACCAGCUCUCUUGGAUCUGUAUCGGUAUUGCCUCUCUCCGCUUCCGUGGCGCCAUCCGUGCGCAAGGUCUCGAGGACCUUCUCCCCUUCAAAAACUGGACCUACCCCUAUGGCCCUAUCUUUGCGAUCGUCCUGAACAGUUUUCUGGUUCUCGUGCAGGGCUGGUCAUGCUUCAGUCCGCACUUCAAGGGUGUGAAGUUUGUUUCCUAUUAUAUUGAACUGGCGAUCAUGUUUGUCAUGUUCGUUGGGUGGAAACUUAUCAAGCGGACGCGAUUUGUUCGCAGUGCGAAUAUGGAUCUGCGCACUGAUCGGUAUGAUGGUGGCCUUGAUGAUGACCACACGCCGGAGCAAGUUCAGGAGCCCGAACGAAAGGGGAUACUUGGAAAGGUCCAGCGCUCUGCUCAGUGGCUGUUCCUUUAA